UCUCGUGGCUCCUCAGCUUCUCAUUCUCAGUGUCCGUCGGACUGAGUCCACGUGAGACGUGACGUCAACUGGGGUAGCUGGGUAGCUUUGCCCAGGUUUCAGUGUCAUUAGCUUCGAGUUUAGUAUGCAGCUCUUUCAGCCAUGCGGCUCUUGGAUCUGGUUGGCGCAGAUUCUGGUACUUGAAGCGCUCCGAUGUCCACAUCAGCGACAAUUGAAGGUUUGCUGCUCCAGUGGUUCGCUACCGGAUGGUGUGAGAGGUCAUCCAGAUUGCGUUCAACGCGGCAUGGAUUGGAUGGCAUGCUGCCAGCCCAAAGGCUACAAGGCAGAUGUUAAGCUUUUGGCCUGGAACCGAAACCACUCGAAUGAUGCGAGUGCUGGCACCAUGCGCCUUCCCGACCCAGAUCAAAAGAAUGACUUUGGGCGCUUGUGGGCAUCGAUACGACAAACAUUGCCUGAUGACUUGAAGCCAGAACUGCUGCAGAGAGUUUUCAACGAGUUAUUUGGACUUGGUUGGGAGCACCCAUCGUGGAGUGUUCUUCAGGCUGACCCAUCGGAUCACACGCGCGUUUUAGCUACAUGUGAUCUUUUUCCGGUUGGUUCAGGACCUCAGACACUAUUGAUUCUUAGUAGACUUCGGAUGAUUCAGCCCAUUGCCAUGUUGCUUUGGGCCACGAAGGAGAUUGCCUUGGCCUUGUUCCAUGGCACAUCGAUUCGUCGGGGCUUGUCCGUUCUUCAAUCUGCAACCAUCCUGGCACGGCGAAUGGUACGUGGUGCGAAUGAUUACAAGGAGAUGUGGCCGUUUGAAAGGCCGCUAUCGUAUAUCAGAGCUCUGGCAAACGUCCCGGACCAUGCUCAAAAGGUCCGCGCUGCAACUGAGACUGGGGACUUCCUCAAGGUGGCACAGAGAAAUCAGCUGUUCGCCAUCUUUCUGCACAACUUGGAGCAUUUGAUGAUCAGCUCAGCAAAGCUGCCUCAGAGGAAUGGCUUGAUUCAGGCACCUUUCCCGGUGACCUUCAAUGACAGCGUCUGUUGUCAUCGGAGCAGCGUGCUGAAGAUGUUGCUGGCGGAGCUGCGUGCAGAGCACCCCACUGAGACACUACAUGUGGCCGAAGUUGGAGUGGGUUGGGGCUCUUCCUCCUUUUAUACAAUGAAUUCAGAUGCGAACUUGCAGUAUUUGGGUGUAGAUAACUAUCUCUUCUAUGGGAAAGUUGCAGACGCAGCGACUCCCCUACCCCGCUGGGUGAAGCGCGCCCAAGGGUCGGCGGAGCAGAUUUUUCACCGAUUUGGUGGCAAACUGGUGGACGAUUUCAGCGAAAAUGCAGCCAAAGGAGUUGCGAAUCAAUCGUUGGAUAUGCUGUUUAUUGAUGGUGCUCACCGCUUCCGCGAAGUGCACAAGGAUCUCUUAAAAUGGCAACCAAAGGUGAAGCCAGGUGGAUAUUUGAUUGGCCAUGACCACAAUGCUGAUUGGCCCGGCGUUUCCCGGGCUCUUUGCCGGAUAAGGCAGAACAAACCCAUCUCCUUUGGUGCUGACUUUACCUACUGGUGGAGGGUUUGACAACCUCCGAAAUUCCCCAAAUUAA